UUGUAUGCGCCACCGCAGCCGGGGGGGGCAAAUCGCCAUCGAUCGGGAAGGCAAAGCGACCCCCCCUCGCGACCAAUCCGUUCCGACCCGCCCCACCCGGGGAGGAGGAGGAGGAGGAAGAAGAAGGGGGCGAAGAAGCCCGAUUCUAGAGCCGUCCACGGAGCCGCCGCUACCCGGCUGGAACCCGGCGCGCCCUAAGCAUGGUCACUCAGAUAAUCAGCACAAUGGAGACCCAAGUGUCCAACGGGCCCACAAGCAACAGUUCCCUUCCCAAUGGGCCACUGAUUAGUGCCAAUGGUGCCACUGACGACUCCAAAACUAACCUCAUAGUCAACUACCUGCCCCAGAACAUGACACAGGAAGAAUUCAAGAGCCUCUUUGGAAGCAUUGGAGAGAUUGAAUCCUGCAAACUGGUUCGAGACAAAAUCACAGGGCAAAGUUUAGGCUACGGCUUUGUCAAUUAUGUUGACUCCAACGAUGCUGACAAAGCAAUAAACACAUUGAAUGGGCUCAAACUACAGACAAAAACCAUCAAGGUAUCCUACGCACGGCCUAGUUCGGCUUCCAUCCGUGAUGCCAAUCUCUACGUGAGUGGCCUGCCCAAGACCAUGAGCCAGAAAGAGAUGGAGCAACUGUUCUCACAAUACGGGCGCAUCAUCACCUCUCGCAUCCUUGUCGAUCAGGUCACAGGUGUCUCCAGAGGGGUGGGUUUCAUCCGCUUCGACAAGAGGAUAGAAGCUGAGGAAGCCAUCAAGGGGCUGAAUGGGCAGAAACCACUGGGCGCCAGUGAGCCCAUCACAGUCAAGUUCGCCAAUAACCCCAGCCAGAAGACAGGGCAAGCGUUGCUUACACACCUGUAUCAGACCACAGCCCGGCGGUACACAGGACCCUUGCACCACCAGACCCAGCGAUUCAGGCUCGACAAUUUGCUAAACAUGGCAUACGGCGUCAAGAGUCCUCUCUCCUUGAUCUCCAGGUUCUCUCCCAUCACGAUCGACAGCAUGACCAGCCUGGCGGGAGUCAACCUGACAGGGGCCUCCAGUGCCGGCUGGUGCAUCUUUGUGUACAACCUCUCCCCAGAGGCAGACGAGAGUGUCCUGUGGCAGCUCUUUGGGCCCUUUGGGGCAGUCACCAACGUCAAAGUGAUCCGCGACUUCACCACCAACAAGUGCAAGGGCUUUGGCUUUGUCACCAUGACCAACUACGACGAAGCCGCCAUGGCCAUCGCCAGCCUCAAUGGCUACCGACUGGGUGACCGAAUCCUCCAGGUUUCCUUCAAGACCAUUUGAGCGGACCCGAGGUAGAACAUUUGCCACUUGCCCUUUCCAGACGCCCUAAUGCAACCCAACGUAUCAGCUCUUGGCCUCCUUCCACUAUUCUCUGGUGGUGUUGGGGGUUCUUUUGGUAACGCCUUCGUUUACUUUAUCCAUAUGGCUUCCUAGAAAACCUGAGUGUAAGCCACACUCCACCACAGAAGCUACAUGGAGACCAACAUGAUUCCUGAGGGCUGCCAUCUGCACAGGGGGACAGGAAGCCAAUGUCACAGGGGGAUGGCUGUGCCGCACCUUUUCCGGUAACACCCUCUGCUUCUUCACCCACUUCCUGACAGAGUUAGAAAUGGGCUGUGAUGGAAGCAGUGGCAGGGGCCAAGAGCCCAUGUUCAA